AUGCUCCGGCCGGCCGAUUCGAGUCUGGUGAGGCGUGGAUGGUCGCAGCUUGCAGGUCCAAGGAAAGCAAGCAACCGAUCAAGCGAGAACCGCAGGGCCGUGUGUUCUUGCCUGAAAGAGAGGCGACCAGGGUUUAGAGUCAAGAGGCGCAGGUCAGGCGAUUUCUUCGCGGCCACGGCGAGGACAUAUCAACCCUUGUGCGUCGCACCGGCCGAGCAGGACGCCGCUGGAGCCAGUGUGACCUCGCACAACAGCGACGAGGCGGCGGCAGCAAAAGAGAUUGUGUGCUGCCGGUACCUGAAGGUGCGUCGUGUGGCCGAGUCCCGUGUGGGAGGGCGAGCGCCACAGCGAGCAGGUGCGACGUCUUGA